ACCAGCCCAGCCUCUCAAGAUGGCCUAUGUCCCUGCACCCGGCUACCAGCCCACCUACAAUCCGACUCUGCCCUACAACAAGCCCAUCCCCGGAGGUCUCAGUGUGGGGAUGUCUGUGUACAUCCAAGGAAUUACCAGUGAGCACAUGAGGAGGUUCUGCGUGAACUUCGUGGCGGGGGCGCACCCGGGCUCCGACAUUGCCUUCCACUUCAAUCCCCGCUUUGAUGGCUGGGACAAGGUGGUGUUCAACUCGCAUCUGGGCGGCAAGUGGGGCAGCGAGGAGAAGAAGAGAAGCAUGCCCUUCCGCAAGGGCACCCACUUCGAGCUGGUGUUCAUGGUCCUGGCGGAGCACUACAAGGUGGUCGUAAAUGGAAAUCCCUUCUAUGAGUUCGGGCACCGGCUGCCCCUACAGCUGGUCACCCACCUGCAAGUGGAAGGGGACGUGGAGCUUCAAUCGAUCAAUUUCAUUGGCGGCACCCAGCCCCUGGGUCAGGGUCCUGGACACACCCAGCAGCAGCCAAGUAGCCUGCCUACCAUGGAGGGACCCCCAGUCUUCAACCCGCCUGUGCCAUUUAGGAAGAGAUUGCAAGGAGGGCUUACAGUCCGAAGAACAGUCAUAAUCAAGGGCUUCGUACCCUUCACAAGCAAAAGCUUUGUCAUCAACUUCAUGGUGGAAUCCUCCGGGGACCUGGCUCUGCACAUUAACCCUCGUCUGACUGAGGGUCUUGUGGUUCGGAACAGCUGUCUGAACGGUUCAUGGGGAUCUGAGGACAGGAAGCUUUCCUACAACCCAUUUAUUCCUGGGCAAUUCUUUGAUCUGUCCAUUCGCUGUGGCAUGGAUCGUUUCAAGGUUUACGCCAACGGCCAGCAUCUCUUCGACUUUUCCCAUCGCCUUUUGGCCCUCCAGAACGUGGACAUGCUGGAGAUUAACGGUGAUGUCACCUUGUCCUAUAUCCAAGUCUAACCUAUUCCCAGGGCCAUAAC